AUGCAUCCGUCCGACGUUCCAGCAACAGUGGUGGAGAAGAAAAAAGACAAGGAGAGGCCAAGUGUGUCAGUGUUUAAGCUCUUCUCCUUUGCUGAUUUCUAUGAUUGCGUUUUGAUGGCUCUUGGAUCCAUUGGUGCGUGUCUUCAUGGAGCUUCCGUUCCGGUCUUUUUCAUCUUCUUCGGCAAACUCAUCAACAUCAUCGGUCUUGCUUACCUCUUCCCACAAGAAGCUUCUCACAAAGUCGCCAAGGUUUAUACAUUUUCAUUAUCAUUUAUCGAUUUGUCUAAAAGGUCUUAG